AUGUCUUCCAGGGACAACCGUGAGCGCGACAGGCGUGCGCCAGCCGUUACCCCCCGUACGAAUGAGUAUUUUGUUCCAAAAGAUGGCAUUGACAGAGAGGUCAUCACCGCCGACAUCUGCCGGUAUUUAGGAAACGACGCUCUCGUACGGCCAGGCAACUACGAGGUGGGUGCUCCGCGCCAUCAUUAACUGUUGCAGAACAACAAAACUGAUCGUGUGGCAGAACCCACAAACUCGACAGAUCCAGGCUGGAUACUUUAUAAAUGCGUACCGCAACCUGACUACCGUAAUGCCACUCUUCUCACACAACAUCGAGCCAUACUGACUUAACCUCCAACCGCAGGCUAUGAUAUCGGAUCUCAAGGCAGAUUCCGAGCGAUGGGAUGCUGAGCGACGAGCUACAAGAAAUCCUAGCAACGGUAUACCUUUAGACGCGAACGGUAUGGUUCGAAAAUCUAACACGCCUGUAGUGGAAUAUCGAGCUUCCACCACGCACCAGUCUCGACAGUAUUAUGGCCCUACUGAGACUACUCCAAGCUCAUAUCAAUCCCAACAGCCCCAACCACCUCCACAGGAUAUGUACAAUUCAGGAUACCCAUCAGCGUCUGCUUAUAACCAGCCCGCUCCAGGAUAUGGCGGCCCAUCACAAGGAUAUCCAUCACAGCCCGACCAUUACUAUGUUGGAGGUAACAUGGGAGUGGCACGAGAACCGGAAAGAGGUGCACCGGUAUCUGCAGCAGGACAAACCGUUCCCCGCUCAAGUUAUCCCGCUCAACCACCCACUUCAUAUGCAGAAAGUCGCGGUAACGUUCCAUUGUAUUAUCCCGCACCUCAGCCCAGUCAGACAGUCCCAUACGGAGUACAGCAGACAGAACCCUACUAUCCUCGUGGUGCGUACAAUCAACAAUCAAUUUUCUCUAACCAUCCCUUCGUAAUUGAGAAGUCUCUAACUGUUUAGCUGUCCCGGCAACAGGCGCCUAUGGUGAACCCCAGGACGAUGGCCACGAUCGAGGUUAUCCAGAGACAACUCAGUACGCCCAGGUACCAUCAACCACUGCCACAGCCAAUCAAAGUGCCAGAAGAGGUGAACGUGAAAGAGACCAGGAACGAGAUAGACAUUCAUCCCACCGGAGUCGCCGUUAGGAUAUCCUUUCGGUUUUGACUGGACAUUUUGUGCAUUCUGCAAGCCUUUCCAUAAUGGUUGCAUUUAUCUGGCGUUUUUCUUUUUUUUUCUCUUAGGUUUACUGGCACAUCCGGAUUACCUUCCCCGGAAAUUUGCCCAGGACUCCUCCAUACUCUAUGGUUCCAGACCAUGUGAAGCCAGCACCAGUCUCUUUAUAUCAGACUCGAAGAUUUUAAAAAGCACGUGAACUAGAAUUGAAUACCCGGAGUUCUUACACCCCCAGGAUGAAUCAUUCAGAAUUCAAGCUUUUGAUCUCAUGUACUGAGUUACGGGAGCAACAAUCGAAGCUUCCGGGAUACCACAAGGCCAUGGACUUAUCUGGCAUUCUCAAAUUGCCUGUUUUUAAUGCAUUUACGAACCAGGAUUCCAGGGAGAGGAAGGACAUGUUUGAUAAUUUUCGCAGAACUACUGUUUGGUGCAUCAGUGAUAGCAUACAUACAGGCCAUUGUGGCGCUCCCGUGUUUGCUCUUUUUUAUACCCUCGGCCGGCUAGCUGCCUGGAUUCUUUGUUGCGUUAGGCCUGUACCACCCGAGUUCACAUUCUCUUUGGACAAUUUCAUAUGGUGGGUAUACUGGAAUCGAAAGAGAAUAGCUUGGGUUUGGACCAGGCAGCACGGAGAGGUGUUUGUAUAUAAUCAUCCCCAGCUAUUGGAACAUUUCAACGGAAUAUUUCCACCUCAACAGCUCGCUCCUUGUUUUCCUAUUCCCGCUGGACAUUCCAUGGAAAACUGACCUGGGAACUCUUCUUACUGAUACCACAGAUCAUGCGCUUUCGACAACCUUACCAUUGGAAGCCUAUGGAGCCCAUCGUGUACCGGCCACCCUCUGGAGAUCAUACACUUGCCUUUGGGACCACUUCGAUAGCUUAAGUGCGUCGAUUAUGAGAAGAUACGAAGAAAAGGUAAUGAACGUUUUUACUAGUCUGCCCUUGGUUACUCAGUUUUAUCGAUAGUCACUCCCGGCUCACAGCACACACUCUCCAACUAUCAGGAUUCAAAUACUCAAUCAGCGAGGUCACUGAACUAAUCUGAUAGAUAUACAACGGCAUCACGACACUAUCAAAAGGCCUUUUGAACCCAGGGAAUGAACCGACUUGGACCAAGGAUUGGAACCGGUUAGCUCAACGCGCCUUCUUGUCUCUCUCAAAGGAUCUCCACUGGUAUUCGCCUCGACGAUUCCACAUCGUGAGGCCAAACAGAGUCUUUCCGGUUUUGCGCACCUGUUUAUACCACUUUGGAUUUCAUCAUACUCCGCUCUUUGUAAUUGGACUUCCAUUCCGCUCCCACCGGAUUUUGUCUGAACUCUUUUUCUGGGCCAGAUUUGGCUUGAACCUAUAUGCCUCUGCCUUUAUAAAAAAAAAUACAGGACCUUUUUAGUUUCUUUCCAUUCUCCUAGCUGUCAUAAUUGCAGUUGUGAAAUAGAGCUUUUGAGCUGACUUUGAUUUUUUGAUUUUAGGCUGUCGAGGGAAUGUGUUGAUAUUCUUGAGCCUGGCUCUAGUGGUUGGAAAAGGAGAUGGAUGAGGAGACUGGGUGGUCGACUUUAAUCUGAAUGCGAACUUGGAGAUUGUGCGCUAUGAUGAGAUUGGAAAUGUGGAGCUGCGAGUGUGGGAUCGGUUGGGUCACAGGUGGAUUUCCGCUGUAUAUUUUGGGUCUUAUUGUACAACAAUCAGGAGGAAAACCAGAUGUUUUCGGAAUUGAAUAAUCCUUGGUUCAUA